UGGAAACAGAGAUACUUGUUGGUAGAUGUUGUUUUUGUUGAUAAUCUGUUCUAUAAAUUGGUUAAUGUUAUUGACCGGUAAUCACAUACAGCGCGCACCAGCAUUCUAGUGAAAGUCUUAAAUAAUAAAUAAUUUUAAUUUUGAAUUCGUUAUAUUAAAAAUGGCAGUGUCUAUUCUUAAACAUUGUGGUAAAUAUGGUGUUGAAGUUAUGAAGAAAAAUAUCCUCAGUGAAUGUAGUCUUUACAUCUUAACAAUGAAAACGACUUCGAAUCAAAGACAUCCAUUAUUAAUACCGCCAAGCUUUAACGUUCACCAGGUAAUGAGAAACUAUAGUAAACAUGUUAAACAUUCCCAUGCAGAGAGACGAUAUGACUCUGAUUCUGAAUCAGAUAGUGAUUUAGAAUGGAUCGGUCAUCGAGGUGAAUCUGAUUUUUGGAGAAGGAAAAUUAGAACAUUUCAUGGAAUCAUCGAUUUAAAUAAGGACGGCGUAAUUUCAUUUGAUGAUUUUAAACUUCUUAGCGACAGGUUUAUUAAUUUAGGUCAUUUACAAUCCGACCAAGUCCAAAAAUUUCAAGAAGUUUUAAGGAGCUUAUGGGAAAAACAGUUUGGAGAAAUUUCCCCCUACAAUUUGGUAUCAGUUGAAAGAUAUUUAGAAAAUAUGCAUCACGUUUUAAAUGAUAAAAGGCUUGUCAGGAAAGCACAUUCAUUUUUACCAUAUUUAUUCAAAGCUGUGGAUAAAGACAGAUCCGGAGAAAUAACAGUAGAAGAAUUUAAACUUUUCUUCAAGGUUUUAGGCUUAAAAGAGCACGAUGCAGUAUUGGCUUUUAGAGCGAUAGAUUCAAAUGUUGAUGGGAAAAUUUCACAUAAAGAAUUCGUCAAACACGGUAGAGAUUUCUUUUUAACUGAAGAUCCAGACAGAAUAAGUAAAUAUUUUUGGGGUCCACUCGUAGAACAUUAAACAUUUUUACUCUGUUGUACUUUAUGUAAAAUAGUAUCGAGAUUUUGAAAUCCGUUUUUUGAAGCAAGUAAUCGAUUCUCUGUGGCGGUCUCACGUUUCAAGUAUUGCUACGUUGCCAGACUGACUACAUAAUUUACACAUCUCGUACAAACUUAUUCUUACCUUAAACAUUAAGCUGCUAAAAUAAGUUUUUUGUUUGUUUUAACAAGAUUUAUUUGUUAUUAUUUCAUACAUAUCUAUAAAUUAAGAUUUAUUUCGUUAAAAUUGUACAACAACUCGUAUAGUAAAAUUUUUUAUAAUGUAUGUGGUUUUUUAUGGACCCCUACAUAGUUACGCAUUAUUAUGUAAAGCUUUUUUAUUAUAAUUUUCAUAAUAAUUUCACAUUAUGUAUUUAUUGUGAUUGACAAAGAGAUGGAAUGAAAAUGUAAUGACAUGCUGAAUAUAGGGAAACUUUAAGUGAAUUUUUAAUACGUGUUAUGAACGAAUUAAUUACUUGAUAUCACAUUAAUUACAUCAAAAUUUCUUUUUAUUUUCCCAUGAUCGAAAAGAAAGACAAUGUUACGUCCUCUCUUAGCUAGUUUUAACAAAUUGUUAAGUAAUUCUGCAUUUUUAUUUAUUAAUUUCUACAAUGGAACAUAAUUUGUAA